AUGAUUAGUGCCUUAUCAUGGAACAUUAGGGGCAUCAAUUCCAAUGGUGCCUUUGACAAAUUCAAACAUCUCAAAAGACAACACAAUUUAUGUUUCAUUGCAAUACAAGAACCUUUUGUCAAUAACAGCAAGAUUGACAGAUAUAAAAGGGGUUUGAGAACUCAUUUUGCAUUUGCCAAUUGUUCCAAUAAGAUAUGGAUAUUUUGUGAUGAAUUUUUGGAGUGUAAUAUUAUUUCAGACACUGAGCAGCAGGUAUCAGGCACCAUCAAGAAUAAUGAUGACACUAUCACUAUUACCAUAGUUUAUGCCAAAUGUGAUGCUAAUCUGAGGAUGGAUCUUUGGGAUGAUAUCAAAAAUAUUGCCACUAACUGUCACAAUCCCUGGAUGGUCAUUGGAGAUUUCAACUGUAUCUUGGAUUCUGAUGAGAAGGAGGGAGGAAAUUUUUAUAAUACCUUUGAAAGACAAAGAAUCUGGAAAAGAUUAGAUAGAGGUUUGUCGAAUCAACAAUGGGUGCAAAGAUUCAAUGAUACUUCCAUCACCCAUUUAGUCAGAACUAGGUCUGACCAUGCACCUCUACUGGUUUCUAUUGCCUCCACCAGUAAUACCAAUACUAAAUACUUUAGAUUUCUUAACUUUUGGGUUGAGGAGCCUGGUUUCCAAGAGGUUGUCAAACAAGCCUGGCAAAUUCCAGCGGAUGGAUCACCAAUGUGGAAAUUUCAUCUAAAGCUAAAAAAUACUUAUAAGCAACUGUCUUAG